AUGGUCUUUUCUCUUCCACGGGCCACGGGAGCGGCGAAUCCACGAGGCCUACCGGUUCCUCCCUCUUCCCGAUUUUGUGCUUCGCUUCUUCAAGGAAAGGAACACUAUAACUUUGGGUUGGAGGACGAUAUUUUAUCUUCAACUGAUGUGCUCCGCGACGUGGAAGACGCCGCCUAUCGGAGAACCAUGGAUUUCGCCUUCACACACGGACUUGACCAAGCAUCGGGGGACGUUCAAAUUCACUUAAAACAACCGUUGUACAAGUAUAACAAAUCCAAGAAGGGCAAAUAUGGCUACUCCAUGUUACCGCGCUCUCGAUAUAGGAUAGCUCAGCUAUGCCGGCAUAUGGAGUCGCAACAGCCGAAUUCAUGGCGCCAGCUAUGGCGGGAUAACCGUAAUCGUUCGAACUACUACACGUUCUGGAGCGUUAUUAUUUUCGGUGUGUUUGGGAUCUUACUCGCUCUGGCUGGACUGGGAGCCUCCAUCGCGCAAGCUUGGGCGUCCUUUAGAGCGAUUGGGAUGACAUAA